AAGUCACCGAUCGUUCUCGAUCCGGUGAUCGAGGAACUUGACCUCCAGACAACGGCCCGGAACCUUGCCGGCCGGAUCCAGGGUGGACGUGCCGUCGAAUACCACGGUGAUGAACGUGACAGUCUCAGACACGUCCAGUCUGCGCGCGGCGAUGACGGCCAAUGCGGUGAUCCGACGCCU